GGCUGUUACCGGAGCCACGGAGAGAGAGAGAGGAGCAGAGUGCGACAAAUCACUGGCUCUGGCAGUAGUUCAGCUACACACACUUGGAUUUUCGUUAUUCCUGCCGAAGCCGACGUUAUCAAAAAACCGGGAGUUGGGACUGUCAAGAAGUGGUAAUAUCGACGGGGAGGUAACGUUAUUCGGCGUCUGAAAGGAAAUUUGGGAGCAGCCUUAGGAUGCCCAGUGGCUUUGUGUGAAUCAGCGAGUUCUGGUGCUCCAGACCUAUAAUUCCCAAGACAACAGGGAGCCGCACAGCCUGGCAGGUUCCAGAAGUAGGUGGUGUCUGCUUCACCAACUUCACCGACUGCAUGGCUGCUAGUGCUGCUGCUUGAUUCCUUGCACUGUCCAGUAUCCCCCCCACUUGAGGCUUGAAUAGUAUUCAUCAUUGUUGUACUACAGUUUCUGUAGCUCGUAGCUUCAUGGAGGGUUUUCCUGUCCACUGACCCAAUAGGCUGCAUUACUGGACCGGCAGCCAUGUCUGCCUGCAGCACUUUCACCGAGCACGUGUGGAAACCAGGCGAGUGCAAGAACUGCUUUAAACCUAAGAGUCUGCACUGUUUGGUUCAGAGCGGUGGAGGGAAGCCUCCAUCAGAGCAGAGGCCUCCAACAACUCAGCAACAGAAUCCACCCCCUGCUGGGGCCAGAGCCAACCCUAACCUGACAAACAACUCCCAAAGGGCUGGCAGUGGUUCUGCCCGCUCAGGACACUUCCGUCCACCAGUGGCUAAGAAGCCAACCAUUGCUGUUAAGCCCACUAUGAUGCUGCCCUGCUCCUCUACAGGACUGGAUUCAGAUGGCAACCUGCAACAACCACCAAAUGUGAUAGAACAUGGCAAAACAUCAGCCUUCACGGUCUGGAAUCGCAAUGGACUGAACCGGAAGAGGCCUGGUGGGCCCAGCAACAACAACGAAGGAGAGGAUGGCAGUGAGGAGAUUGAGGGUUAUGGACAACUUAGCCCAAGGACCCCUAGUGGAAAUAACAACAACAGUGGACUGACAGAUGUCCUAAAGGAAAUUGCUGGGUUAUGUCCUGGCUCUAGCCCGACUCCUCUUUCCGGUUCCAAGGACUUGUUUUGGGGACGAAUCAGUAGUUCAUACCGACAGUCCUUGGAAAGAGGCCUUCCAGCCUCAAGCUGUCUAGCCAUGGGAAGCAGCAGUAGUGGUGCUGGCACUGCUCAAAAACGGGUAUCUCUUAAUGAUAGCACCGAGAUCAUCAGCACAGAGGGUGGCCGAUUUUGCUACCCAGAAUUUUCUAGUGAAGGUGAAGAUGAAGAAGAGGAGGAUGAUGAUGAGGAAGAGGCUGAAAGGGAUGAUGAUGAACAUGAGAGCUGGGAUGAAAGUGAUGAAGAGUUACUAGCUAUGGAGAUCCGUAUGCGAGGCCAACCACGAUUUGCCAAUUUUCGUGCUGCCACAUUGUCUCCAGUGCAUUUUACUGCAGGGAAAAAGUGGAAUACUGUGCCACUUCGCAACCGGUCACUGCAGCGCAUUUGUGCAGUGGACUAUGAUGAUAGCUACGAUGAGAUCUUGAAUGGAUACCCCUCCAUGGACUCCAAUGGAGCUCUUCUUCCAUAUGGACCCUAUAACAUGCAAGGCAGUGGUUUCCUAUCAAAUUCUGAGUCUAACACAUCUCCAGAAUCAUCGUCAUCACUGCCAGAGGACUCUCGAACAACUUCCAGCAGUGGGAGCAGUGCCCCCUCUGCUCUUCGAAAUGGCUUGCAUUCUCCUACAUCUUCAAAGGCACCUAUAGCCUGCACUCCUCCCCCAAAAAAGGAGCCAGUCCACAGAGCACUGAGCCCACUUAAGGUGACUGAAACACACAAGGCUGUCCUGGCCAUUAGAUUAGAAGAUCAGGAUGGCAGAGAAGGCAUGCCAAUGCCCCAGGCCCUUCCAGGUCAACCAGUCACUAUUAGUUUUAGUCCCACAGAGGAGCAAGCUAGACCAUACCGUGUAGUUAAUUUGGAAAAAUCAUUGAUCUGUAAACCUUACACUGUUGUGGAUGUGUCAGCAUCCAUGGCCAACAAAGAUGAACCGAUUCCAGACUCUACACCAAAACCUAAAAACCUGUCAAUACCUUCCAGCCCUACAUUGUUCUGUAGCACUCCUUUAGGUCAGCCCCUGUCUCCAACCUCCCCUGUUUCUCCAUCUUCUCCUGUGAUGCCGACAUCACCCACAUCUGUAGCUCUGUCAGGUACUUCCCGAAAGAAAUCAGGGAGCAUACGUUACCAAGAAGUGUGGACAUCAAGCACAAGUCCUCGCCAAAAGAUACCUAAAGUUGAUCUAGGGGUUGGGAGUAAUCCUGGCCCCUCCAUCCCUACUCAACACUGCAGUCACAAGUCAGCUCCUACUUCUCCCAUUGCUGGACUUUCAUCCUCAAGAACUGUACCUGUGAAAUCCCCCAAUUUAUCAGAGAUUAAGUUCAACAGUUUCAAUAAUGCAGGCAUGCCCCCUUUUCCCAUUAUUAUUCGAGAUGAGCCAGCCUAUGCUCGCAGCUCCAAGAAUGCUGUUAAGGUACCUAUUGUCAUCAAUCCAAGUGCAUAUGACAACCUAGCUGUGUACAAGAGCUUCUUGGGACUCAGUGGGGAACAGCCACAGCCAAAAAGGGUAGGAAGUAGGGUAGCCAGCCAUACUUAUGAAGAGAUUGGAUCCUCUGAGAGUGUCCAGUCCUGCUCAACAGAGAAAACUAUCUCUGGUAGAGGCACAUCAGAGAGAGCCUCUUUUGAAGAGACAAAAGUUCCACCUGAAGCAGUGUCAAAAGUACCACAUUUACAACCUAGAACCACUACAGACUCUAGCACUGUAACAAGCACUAUAAUGACCUCCACGGUUGGGGCCUCUCCCACUACAUCAACAAAUUCCCCUGCCAAUCUUGCCAUUUCUGCAAACCUGCCUAAAACCAGCCCUACUGCGAAUUCUGUUCUGUCACACAUUUGCAAGACAAGUGGAGAUGCUAUUUGCAAUAGAGAUGAUGAUACAGACUUAACUAUGACCUGUGGAACAUUGGCAAGCCAUAGGGAGGAGGCCAGUGCUGUGCUUUUACAGAUUGUGGCGUCCAUUCAGCCUCCAAAUUGUCCACCAGAGUCACCCUCAGCACAAGCCAGAACUCCCACUUCUGAGGAGCUGUAUGCUCUUCCACCUGAUGCCAUGAAAGAGACACUCACCCGACCCAAAUCUCUCUUUUCCACAACUGAUGGCUGUCUUUCCAAGCCCAAGAAGGAAACGCCCACGAAGAUUUUGUCUAAAUCCCAGAGUGCCUCUGCUGCUGUCCCACUCUCUAGCCCCCGGUCAGAGCCCAGUGCCCCAUUCCCCCCUCCUAGAUCUACGUCUUCCCCUUACCACGCUUCUAAUAUCCUCCAGAGACAUUUUGGCAACUGGACCAAGAGCUCCGCUUCCAGUUCUCCCGUACGACCCAGUGAAGGUGAAGCAAGUCCAGGUGGAGAAGGGCGACGUAUUUCAACAGAAAGCUCCAAACCCAAACGCUGGAUCUCCUUUAAGAGCUUUUUUCGUAGGCGGAAAGACGAGGAUGAGCAGAGAGAGAGGGUGGAGAGAGAGAAGGAGAAAGGCAAGCUGGUUGGGCUUGAUGGAACAGUAAUUCACAUACUUCCACCACCACCAGUCCAACAACAUCACUGGUUCACCGAAGCCAAACCAGAGGAUCCCACCCAGAAGCCAACCAUCAUCUUUACUUACAAACCAGACAGUGGCAGCACUCCUGGUGACGGAGAAGGAGAACUGCGAGUAGAGGAGUGCACAGAAACUGCAUUACUGACACCUGAUGAGAGCAAGGAACCCAGACAUUUGAGCCCAGGGCAAACACCACCCUCACAAACCACUGCAUGUGAUGUCAUCAGCAAGGACUUCAGCCAGGUACCAGCCAGUGCCAGCAAUGCCAGGGAUCGGGAGCUGCCCGGUGCCGCCUCCCUGCCUGCCAAAGUGAAUCUGGGGCUGGUGCUUGGGGAGGGUGAGGAGGGCCAUGCCAACCAGGUUGCCACACCGGCAUCAGCCAGCGAGGGCAGCACCAGCCUCGGAGAGCCAGAGGAGGACGGGAAUCACUCCCAUCACUCCCACUCUACCGCCUCCAGCCAAUGCAGUGCCACAUACAGCAACUUGGGUCAAUCCAGAGCCAACAUGAUCCCACUAAAACAGCCACGGAACAUGAAAGCAUCCAACGACACCUUGGCCUCCAUCGACCUGGACAGCUUUGCUGACCAGCCCGCCCAUAAGGCCACACCACCACCACUACCUAAGAAGGCUGUACCACGCUCCAGUACUGAACCCAGCCUGGGAGGCAAAGAGUCAGCUCAAGGAGCCCUGAGACCUCGGGCUGAGGCUAAACCUGGGGGUACCAACCUGAGUGUGGCCAACCCUCUCUACGACUUGGACUCCACCUGGGAGACAGCUAGUCAGAGCUCCUCUCUCAGCUCCGAGCCUCAUCGAGCUCACGACCACGAGAGCGGUGACUCUCUGGAGAGGCCAUCAGCUGCCACGGCUACCAACAAGGGUCGCCCGACGAACAGCAUGUCCUCCCUGGUUCCUCAACCUGCAUCUGCUGCACCUAGUGCCACUGCCGGCAGAGAGAGGAGGGCGUACCCGAGUACAGAGUCUUUGGCUGGAAAGGGUCGGACAACAGGUCGAGGUGCUGCGGCAGGAGGAGGAGGCUCCAAGCCCCAGAGACCUGCUCUUUACAGGGGGUUAGACAGCUGGGAUGAGGUGGUGGGAAGAAUCCGGGGGCUCCACACAGACACACUGCGGAAGCUGGCAGCAAAGUGCGAGGACCGUUUCAUGGCUGGUCAGAAGGAUCACUUGAGAUUUGGCACUGACAGCUGGUCCCACUUCAGGCUGACCACUGGGAAGCCCUGCUGUGAGGCAGGUGAUGCUGUGUACUACACUGCCUCCUACUCCAAGGACCCUCUGGUCAACUACGCCAUCAAGAUCUGUCGGAGCAAAGUAAAGGAGACCCAGCAGCAGUUUUUCCACAGCCUUGCAGUGAGGCAGAGUCUGGCCGUGCACUUCAACAUCCAGCAAGACUGUGGACACUUCCUGGCUGAUGUUCCCAACCGGCUGCUGCCCUGGGAGGAGGAAGAAGAUGCAGAGGAGGAGGAGGAAGAGGAUGCGGAGGAAGAUGGUAACGGGCUGAAGGAGAAAGAAAAAGAGAUUAAGACCGAAGCCAAGAUGAUGGACUCCAAAGCUGCAAAUUUUAAAUUAGAUGAAACCCCAACAGCAGGCCACAUGAACAAUGCUGGCCGCUUGAAGAGCAGAGUGGUGGUCAUCACACGUGAGGUGCCCUUCCAGACGGUGGCUGACUUUGUCCGGGAAGGCGUGGCACGACACACUCAUAAUCCGGAGCUGUACGAGCGUCAGGUCUGUCUCCUGCUGCUGCAGCUGUGCUCCGGCCUGGAGCACAUGAAACCUUAUCAUGUGACCCACUGUGACUUGCGGCUAGAAAACCUGCUGCUGGUCCACUGCCUGCCCGGCAACCCCUGGAACCUGGAAAUUGUUGAGCCCAACAACAACAGCAGCAGCAGCAGCGGCUCUGGUGCAACCUCUGCCAGUGCUGCUGCCUCCGCUGCCAAUGCCACCUGCCCCGCCCGCCUCAUUAUCAGUAACUUCUCCCAAGCAAAACAAAAGAGCAGUCUCAUGGCCGCUGACCCUGGUACGCUGCGCGACCAGUCACGCCUGGCACCCGAAAUUGUUACAGCGACUCAGUACCGCAAGUGUGAUGAGUUCCAGACUGGAAUUCUCAUCUAUGAGAUGCUGCACCGGCCCAACCCCUUUGAAGAGACGCCAGAGCUGAAGGAGCGGGAGUACACCUGGGCGGACCUUCCACCACUGCCUGUCAGAUCUCUCUAUUCACAGGGUCUGCAGCAGCUGGCCAGGUUACUGCUCACCGUCAACCCCUCAGAAAGGAUCCGCAUGUCUGAGGCCCGGGCCUGCCUGCAGUGCCUGCUGUGGGGCCCUCGGGAGGACUUGUUCCAGGCGCUGGGCUGUAGCAGCACAGGCCCCAUGUCAGGGGCCACUUCCAGCCAGCGUGAGGCCACCCUCCAGAACUGGCUGGACCUGAAGCGGACACUGAUGAUGAUCAAGUUCGCGGAGCGCUCGUUGGACGCGGCUUGUGGUGUGAGCCUUGAGGACUGGCUGUGCUGCCAGUAUCUGGCGUUUGCCACCACAGACACCCUGAGCCGGGUGGUCCUCAUCUUGAAGCAGCCGCAGCCACAUCCUCAGUCCCAGAACCAGAGCCAGCCAGCGCACGCGGCACAGAACCAAACUCAAACACAUCUAGCACACAACCUCCACCUGACUCAGUCACAGCCACUCUGAGUUCCCCUACCUAGCUGUUACUAUGGCAACAGAUCCUACUCGCCUCUGCUGACACUAAUGUGUGACGUGAGCUAAUAGUCAGCUUUGUUGUUGCAGUAGCCACAGUGCUCACCAAAAACUAACCAGCUGGUUGUGCAAUGUCUGUUUUCUCACAAAUCAAUCCAUAGAGUGAGAGGCUGUGUCCACAUCCAACAGGGUUAUUCUUAGCACUCAUUAAUAACAGCGGGAUGGUUCUCAUAUCCAGUCCAAGAAAAACUGUGAAGCAUUACAGCAAGUUGAAGUAAUUUUUGCUCAUGGCAGUGACUUGCCAGACAUCUUGUGUUAAGUCCAGUUCAUCUGUGUCUUUAACUGGCCACAUCUCACAUGUGCAGUAACACUCCACCCAAAUUACUCCGUAUGUGAGGGAUCUCUAGAUUUGUAAGGUUCAUACAUUUAACAUAUAGUUUGCAUGGCAGCUGUCUCCAGGAUUUGUUUGAGGCACUGUCAAAUGGAAUAAAUUUGAGAUUUUAUAGUGUUACACAUUAAUAUUUUAUAGGAAAGUCUCAUCUGAAGAGAAAACUUCAAAAAGCAUCAGAAAUGGAAAUUUAUCUCACAAUUAUUUAAUCCAUUAUUUGUGCAGAUUCAGAAAUCUGGAAAGCCUAAAAAGAGAAAUGAAGGGAGGCCAUUUAAAAUGAAGGGAAUCAGGGGGAGCGUUCAAAUGAAGCUCCGAACCAUUGAUAUUUAUCCUCUUCAAAGUACAAUCUAAUCACAGUGAGAUUUUAUUUUCUUUUUAAAUCUAGACUGAUGCAGAAGUGAAAUAUGUUUUACCACUGAAGCCAAAGAUCUGCCACACAUUGUUCAUUUAGACAGUUUAGAGAAGCAUUUAUAGGUUUUUACCAGAUAUGUUUAUUUCAGUUAAUAACAAAAUGCAGUCAGACAUGAUUACUGUAACCAGAUGUAUUAUUGGUUUAUCCCAAUGUUUGCACCGCUGAGACUCAGUUCAAAUGUCACUAUUCAUAGUUUAAAAAUUCAUAAGCCAGUCUGGAGUUCAGCAAAGGUUAUACCCUUAAAUGCUGUUGUUUCAUACCUCAUACACCUCUGCACAGGGAUUUGGACGAGGUAGGCUAUGAACACAGCUUAUUUUGGCUUUGUUGUAGUUUUCAGAGCUUAGUUAACAGAUUUUAUACAAUUUGAAGUUAAAAUAUGGGACACAACUGCCCUGGCUGUUGGUUUGGUUUGUUGUCGGAGUAUGUGCAAUUAAUAUCUUUGUUUGUUGUUUCCUUUGGAGGUAACAGCGUAUGAAACUUUUUGUGAUAUUGUGCAGUCUUUUACUAAUCCUCCCUUCCUUUAGUUUGUGGCACAUAAACUGAUUCAUUUCAGCUCAAUCCUGCAAUUUAAGAAACCAAGUUAAGUUCCAUGUAAAGAACUUGUUACAGUGGUUGGGAGACAGAUGUUUCAGGGACUGCAAAAAAGUUCUUUGUCUAUUGUGUUGUUUUUGACAAGUUGUCUUCGAACGGUUCUGCUUUACGGACGACAUUUGCACAUUCAGUCUGAACGUCGGCGCUCCUCGAUGGAGACUGAGGACAUGAUGAUGCAGGGAGAGACUGAGAAAAGUUCCUGUGAAUUCGAGGAACUGGAUUUGAAUUGUGUCGCAGCGUGUGGAAUGUAAAAGGUUUGCCUGGACUGAAACAUUUGGACCUGGUCUCAUCCGCUUCAGAAACACACUCAACUGAACUGAACCACUUAGUUUCACACAAACUCUGUGUGUAAUAAUCAACCACAGCCUUGAAGAGAAACUAUCUACUCAACCACUGAGACUUGCUUCCAUUCCUCCUGCCUUGUUUUCCCGUCCUCUUUGUUGUUAUCCGGCCAAUAGGACGGCAGAUCCCGCAUUGACCUCACUGCUAGAUUUAUUCUGCUUUAAUUAAAUGAGCUCUGUGAUAUUGAUCAGUACCUUCCAGGCUGGAGUCAGUGGAAGUAAUGCAUGUACACAAGCCUCAGCUUCCCCAUGAAAACAAUGGGAAACGCUUAACAUUUUCAGUUUAAUGCACAUGGAUUAUGUUGAUCAAACACCCUGGAAAGCAUCUUUAACUCAGAUCUUAACUGGACUCUAUAUGUACUUUUGUGCAGAAUGUUCCCUUUGAUAUCACACUGACAUUAUGCAAAGGCUUUGCAUCCAGAAGUUUACUUGGUUUAUUUACUCUGGUUAAGUUUGUGUUUUCAAUUCCGAAAACUGCAGCAGUUCAGCUUGUUGUUGGGUGAGUAAAUGUACUUUUGGGAUCAGGAUCCUGUGAUCGUUUUACUGCAGAUGUACAGUAGAAUACUUAAUGGUCCAUGGAGUGAAAAUGAGACAAAGCAGGUGUGAGUUUGUUGCUGCAUUAAAGGGUUUGUGUACUAAGGAAUGUGUGUGGGCAGCACUGGUGGCUGUCCUUGUGUCUAGAGAUUUAAGCCUUUAUAUAGUAUAUAUAGUAUAAAUAUAUAUAACCUUUUAUCUAUUUUAAUCCACACACUAUUUUGUUGAGUACCGAGCACAUCCAUUUCGGUCUGUAGAGAGACUAAAUACCAUUUAUUCAUUCUUAAAGCUUUACUUGAUUUUCUUCAACCUCGCUUGUUUUGGGAGAAGGAAAAGUGAGUAGUUAUCACUGUCCUAAACAAAGGAUAACUGAAAAAGAUCUUAUUCUUCAAGUCACAUAAUGAGAAGCAUUAAUAAACAAUGUACAGUAUUCGUACCCCUCUUGUAAAGUUACCCGAGAGAUGAACCACUUUUGAAAAGAGGCUGAAGGAUGACUUUUGAACGCACCAUUAAAACCCAACAUUCAUCAACUGUAUGGCCUACAGCGAAUAUUAUUAAUUUUCUCUCUCUUUCUCUCUCUCCAUCUCUUUCCCCUGUUGUUUUCUCUCUGCAUUGUUAAUUGCCACUGAAGAGAAAAACAGAAGCUUCUAAGGCUUUCUAUUAAUAUGUGUACAGUAUGUCUCCUGGCCUGCCGCCAUUUAUUGUUGAUCAAGUUAACCAACAGUAACAGAACAAUAAUAAAUAUAUGUUUUUAUAUAUACA